AUGUUUAUUCUUCAACUGCUACUUGUGGCGGCAGUCUCUGCAUUAGGAGGUAACUAUCUUCAGGAUAUCUGUCCGGAAUCUUUCUGCAGUCUGCCGGAUAUGAAAGCGGAAUAUGCCUUAAGUCAGGCUCCAAACAUCACGGAACUGCACCUGGGCUAUUGCCGGGAGUUGGAGGUGCUUCAAAGUACACCCAAUCUUCGCAUCCUCUCAUUGAGCAAUUGCCAUGAUGAUCCCUUCGCCAAGGAGGACAUUCAGCUGACGUACAAGCUGAACAAGUUACACAUACGGCAUAGUAAAAUCUCCAAACUGCACAACAACCAGUUCUCUGUCAUGUACCGGCUGGAGAUCCUAGAACUGGGAGGGAACUCCAUCGAAAGGGUGGCCAAUGGAACCUUUCGGGAACUCACCCUUCUGGAGACGCUGGGGCUACAGAAAAACUUGAUUAAGUCUCUGCCGGAGGAUGUCUUUCAUCCCCUCGAGAAUCUUAGAAACCUGGACCUGAGUGAUAAUCAAAUCUCUAAUAUAAGCGAAGGUGUUUUUGCCCGGAAUCCAAACUUGAAAACGCUGUUUCUCAGAGGGAAUCCCUUGACCCACAUUGUCUUUCCAACUCAAGGGCCUCAAAGCUUUAUUCAAUUGCUCGAUUUCGGUCGCUGCUCACAACUGAAGGAGCUGGUGUUGUACUCCAAUGUGGACACUAUUAUUCUGGAAGAAUGUGGAGUGGAGAGAUUGCAGUUCACAGGCAACAAAAGUCUCUUCAGGCUGCGAGCGGCAAACAGCAAAUUAACCAAUAUGAUUUUGGGUGAUCCCAUUUCGCUGAUAGAACUGGACCUGCGGGGAACUCAUUUGCUGGGGAAAAACAUCAGCAAAGUUAUUUGUAAUAUGAGAAGUCUUCAGAGGCUAGAUUUGUCGCAUAAUUCGAUCGAUACUCUUCCGUUGUCUUCUAACAAUGUUUCACCUGAUGUGUGCCUGCUGCCCAGCCUCAGGUUCCUCAAUCUGUCCAGCAAUCGAUUGGUUAGCCUGCAGCUGGAAUCUUCGUUUUUUGGUCCACGGCUUUCCUUCCUGGACCUGUCUCAUAAUAAACUGGAAUGCUUUUCACUGGAAGCCCUUGAUGCAGCUCACGAUCUUCAAAGUCUCCUCCUGGCAGGAAAUAAUUUGACUACUUUUAAAUAUCGCACCUUACACCAAGGGCACAGAAACCUCAAGACCUUAAAUCUCUUUGGGAAUCAAUUUAGUGCCAACUUAUACAAUGAGAUGAUUGAAUACUUCAGCUACACAGAUGUGAACUUUAUUGUGAAAGACUGCCCAGAGAAAUCCAAAGACAAACAUCACAAAUGGAGUGUGUACGAUAUUCUCAUUGUGAUAUUUCUUCUCGGAGUCUUGGUAUAUGCAAGAAUGUAUCUCUAUGGAAGAGGAGGAAUCAAUUGCUGCUUCGGAUGCAAGUGGGGACAGAGGACGGAGGAUACCUCCGAAAGCAGAGUUAGGUUCCUAAUGCGACCAGAAUCGGAGUCGUAA